AUAAUGGCAUUGGGAAGACAACGUUUAUGCAUAUGCUGGUUAAAGUUGGCAAUUCUCCUACAUACAUACAGGUUAGAAAGAAAACUUGGUAAAGGAGGCUUUGGUCAAGUUUAUGUAGGAAGAAAGGUGAUUGGUAGUUUGGGAAACACAGGCCCUGUUGAGGUUGCUUUGAAAUUGGAGCAUAGAAAUGGCAAGGGAUGUGGUUAUUGUUCUCCAUAUAAGUGUACCCUUAAUGGGUGUUAUGGAGUUCCAAUGGUCCGUCACAAAGGACGCCAAGAAGAUUAUUAUAUCCAUCGGUUUAGCGUUCGGUUCACCUGAUGACGGAGAA